AAUUCAAGGGGUUGUUUCUGUUUGAUCGGCAAAUUGAAGGCGGUGGUUUACACUUUACAUUUCCACUUUGAUUUCGUUCUAUAAUUCGAAUUCGCACACGUUAUCUUCGAUAUGCCAAUCUCUGUAACCAAGCUCGGAAGUUCGCUUCCAUUCUCCAGAAUUUUUAGGCAUGUAGAGCAGGAGAUGGAGACUGUGGUUAAAGUACUUCAACCUGGACCUUUGGGAAUUAUAGAGCACAAAUUUUCUGCCGAGGAGAUUGUGAGCGCCAAUGCUACUGUUAAGAAAGCGGUAGAGAAUUGGAAGAGGAAUGCAAUUGUAGAACGAAAUAGACCCAUCUUGAAAGAUUAUCUUAAUUGAUGACAUAUUUUUGUUCAUACUUUCUUUGAAAUAUUCUGAUGCGAAGAAUAAUUCUGUACAAUUGUAAGCUCUCACCAUCCUUCAUUGUGGUCAUGGAUGAUUCUUGCUAACAAUGAUUAAUUAUAUGUCUUUAUUCGCUUGUUUCUUUA